AGAAGACAUGAUGGACAACCUAGGAGGAUUGGGUCUACAGAAUGGAAUGGAUGAGCUGAUAACAGGUGAUACUGUUCAGACCAGAGUUCCCGAUACUAAGGUGUUUGUUAGCUGAGAUAACAUGUGUCCUUCUGAGUUGAAUUCAGAAACAAGUUGAUGUAUAUGUGCAACUUUUAGAGCAAAGUACUUAUCUGCUGAAGUUUUAGAGAGGACCAACAGGCAGAGAAUGACACUCAAUUAAGAGCUGUAGUCUCAUGUGUUUCAGUUUUAACUUCUAACUGAAAAGUUUACAGGGAACUACUAUCUCCAUUUGCCAGGGCUUACUGUAUGAACAACUUAUGCCAGUGAACUAUAUUAAGCUGCCAGUUACCAUGCUUGACCGAGUUAGAAUCUAUUGCAAAAUCUCGAAUACAAGGAAAAUGUUCAGUACUUAAAGACAAAGGCAUCUUUCAUUUAGUUCUCUUCCUGUGGAAGUUUCAGAGUUUAUUCACUAUUUUGCUACUGCAGUCCGAGCAGUACCUCAUUAUU